AUGGCUGCUCUUAGAGGCGCAUGCUGUCGACUUGGAAAUAAGAAAUUAAAUGCAACAGUGGUUGUCUCAGGAAGGUCUCCUUUCCCUGACGAUACCUGUCGUCACAUCGAAAGACGUUGUUCCUCAUCAGUAAUUUUAAAAACAGCUGGCAAAACAAAUGUAUUGUCUGUUGCUCACAAAACCUGUUGUUUACAUAGAAAAAUUCACAGAAGUUCACCAAACAACAAAAAGGACUAUUAUGAUCUUUUAGGAGUUCCAAAAAAUGCAGAUGCUAAGGCUAUUAAAAAAGCUUAUUAUGAGCUUGCCAAAAAGCACCACCCUGAUGUGAGCAAGAAUGAUCCAGGAUCUGCUAAAAAAUUCCAGGAAGUUUCAGAAGCCUAUGAAGUUUUGAGUGAUAGCACUAAAAGACGUGAAUAUGAUACAUUUGGUAUGUCUGGUGGUAUGGGUGGAAUGGGCGGAGCUUCUCGUGGACAGAGUCGUGGACAGGCACAAGGUCAAGGAUUUGAAAAUUUCCAUGGGUCUAUUGACCCUGAGGAAUUGUUCCGAAAUAUUUUUGGACAAGCAGGAUUCAAGAUGGGAGGAUUUAAUGACUUUACAGAUUAUGAGUCGUCAAAGUGGGGCUUUGCUCCUGCAACUGAGGCUACGUUAGAUUUAAGCUUUCAAGAAGCAGCCAGAGGAGUUAAUAAAGACAUUAAUGUUAACGUCAAGGAUACUUGUCCGAAAUGUAACGGGAAUAAGUGUGAGCCGGGAACAAGUGCUGUCCGAUGUCAUCAGUGUAACGGUACAGGAAUGGAAGAUUUACAAACAGGUCCUUUUGUAAUGAGAUCGACUUGUCGGGUUUGCUAUGGUGCUAAAAAGAUAAUUAAACAGCCCUGUACAGAAUGUCAGGGAAAAGGCAGUAUUAUAAUGAGAAAAAAGGUUGUAGUACCUGUUCCUGCAGGUAUUGAAGAUGAUUCUACAUUGAAAGUGAGCAUAGGAACGACAGAUUAUCUUUAUGUCAAUAUUAAAGUAGCUAAAAGUCGAGAUUUCAAAAGACAGGGAGCUGACUUACACAGUGAAGUGCAUAUAAGUGUAGCACAAGCUGUAUUAGGUGGUACUGUCAGAAUUCCAGGUGUUUAUGAGGAAAUUUUACUUAAUAUACCUGCAGGAAGUCAGUCACAUGAUAGAAUUCGAUUGGCUGGAAAAGGUCUGAAGAGAGUAAACAGUUAUGGACAUGGUGACCAUUAUGUACAUCUACAUAUUAAAGUCCCUGUAUCUUUAAGUAAAGAACAAGAAGCAUUAAUGUUAGCUUAUGCAGAAUUAGAGAAAGUUAAAGGCACAGUGAACGGCAUUGUAAAUACAGCACAAGGUCAAACAGCAGUUGAUGAAAAUGGAAUUGUUGCACAAAUUCGGGAAGCUUUAGCAGAAAUGGCAGACAAAAAGUUAGGAGAUGAAGAAAAAGAGACAGGAUCAGGGAAAAGUUGAUGAAAGGAAACAUUAUCUUGUCUUCUCCUUGUGGAAGAGUGUUUAUAUUAAACAAAUACAGAAUGUGGAUAUCAGCUGUGUGCUGAAGAUACUUGCAUUAAACAGAUUUCCAUGCUAAUAGGAACACAUUGACUUUGUGAUAAAAUAAAACCUAAUAUGGAUCAAACUUACAAUUAGAGAACAAUGAUACAAGUCUAGCAUAAAUUUAAUGAAUACAGGUCUGUUCCAAAAAUAAUAUGUAUUUGGGUGAUGGUUACCCUAGCAUGCCUAAAAUUUCUAUUGAUUAUUUUGUAUGAUUGUUCCCACUGGAUAUUAAACAAGCAACAAUCAAUCAAUCAAUCUUUCUAAAGUAACCGCAACCCAACAAAUUUUAAUAGAAGUCCUGUACAAUUAAUUCUGGAACAGCCCUUAAAAAAUAGUCAUAAACAGUUGACAUAGGUUGAUUGUGGUAAAGUUUCUGAGAGAUCUUGCCAUUUCUGUUAAAUAAUCAUGUGUAAUAUAAUAGUGCUGUAUUUUUUUUCGUCUCUAAUAUUUAUUUUCAUAAACAUAAACAAUGUGUCAUUCUGGCUAAGAGAAGUUUUCAAAUAACAACAUGUCAGCAGGAUGAUACAAAUUAAAUGGUAAAACAGACUAAAAACUUGAAAACAUCCAUUUGUUUGGCUUCAGUAAACAUGGUAAAGAAGUUUUUAUUUGUUCUUGGAGAUCUUUUUAAUAUUAUGUUUUCAGUUUGUUUUCUACAUCUACAUUAAAAAAUAGGGGUAUUCCAUUAAAAUGGAUGUGGGAGGUUCUAACAUCCCCCACAAACAACAUACUUUCUUGGAGUAAAUAAAAAUUGUAUACACCAAAUGGAUACACAACUAUAAACGACCCAUGUCCAAAAAUGCAAUUUCCCUUCCUAUCCUACCACAUUCAUUUCAAUUAGAUAGCUCUUAUAAUAAUGUAGAAAAGCUUGAACUAUAUUAAGUGCCAUUUGCCUUUAAUAGAAUCAGGCAGUGGUGAAAACAUUACAAAAAAAACCCACUCAAGUUGACAUUAAUUUACCUUCAAAUUGUAUAAUGGUGCACGAAUAUAACAUUCAUUUCUUUGUCCUGUUCUGGUAAUUCAAUAUAUAAUUUGGUUGAAAUGCAUUAGAAAUUAACAAUUAAGGGGAGCUCACUCCUUAAUUUGCUAUCAUUCUAACCAAAAGUUAUCAAGCGAUUUCUCGAAUUACCAGACACGCAGAAAUGAAAUACCUACCAUUUCCAACUCAGGAUGAGGGUGACUUAAAAAUAGGAUGGUUAGGUCCGUGGUUUUUUUUCGGGCAUGUUUUGAUUUUUUCAAAAUUGCCUGAUUCUUUCAAAGACUGGCACUUAAAUGGUGAAAAAUUAUUUUUAAUACAUGUAUUGGUUUAAGGAUGUACUUAGGGGAAAUUAAAAAAAUCUAGAAUUCAAAAUUGAUACUUUAAGUAAGCUAAAAAUAUUGAUAGGUUAUGGAGCUCCUUUUCGAGAUAUUUAAUUUUUAAAAAAUGGCAGGAAAACGCUGACUCAGACUUUUACCUUAUAUUUGCAUUGGUAUUAUUUGGGUCUCAAAUCGAAAGAAAAAAAAUCUAGAAUCUGCUUAAAUUUUGGUAAAUGACCUUAUGAAGUCUUAUAUAAAAAGAAAAAUGGGUGUUAUGGGGCAAAAUAUUUUACACUGAAUCGUAGGAAAAAAACCAAGGAGUCGGAACAUUUGACAAAAAUUCCUAAACCUCACCUAAGUACAUCCUUAAGAAUCAAGUCCAGUUAAAACAUCUCUUCUUAUAAAUACAAAAAGAAAAUGUUUUCAUGUACAUUAAAAAUAAAAAUAAACAUUUCGUAGGGCGUGUAUUGUAAAAAUAUCAUUUUCUUUGUCAUUUGCCAUUGAUAAGUGAAAUCCCUAUUUAGCGAUCAUUUAUAUUCUAAAUCAGAUUUUAUGCACAUAAGACCAUUCUGCUCUUCAGCUGUGUAAGAGAUUUACACAAAUUAUAAUUUUGUAAUCACAUGACUGCUACUGCCAUGGACUGGUGAUGUAAGUCCUUCUGAGCUGUAUCCUUGUUAAACAUGUUGGUGCAAAAGUUUGAUCAUCUACAGAAUUUAUAUUCAGAAAUUAUUGUGUGCAUUUAUUUUAAAAGAAUGGACAAAAAUGCAAGAUUAAAUAUUGCAAUUAAAUAAAAUGUUGCUUACAAAUAUAUGUAUUGAAUUCAGAAUGCAAGUUCUUAUUAUUGGAGUACAAGCCCAGUCGCUUGUUCAAAUUGCAAUAAUUUUUUGAACUUACGGUAUUUGAAUCCAUUAAAAUGUUUGAUAUAUAAAUUGUGAUACUAAAUGCAUUUAUUAUAAUACAGUUUAUUCGAUUAUUUUAUUAUAGUAUACUGUGGUUUCAUUUUUUCUGUUGAUGCAGAUUUUUGUAUAUUUUAUGACAAAUUUGGUCCAUAAUUUUUUUUAAAAUUUACAUAUUUUUGAACAGUUAAUAUCAUUUACCGAAAAAAUCUAGCAAAAUUAGUACACAACAAAUAAUAAUGAAACCACAGAAGCCAAUAGAUAAUUUACUCCACAACUAUGUAAUUUUUUCUGCUGUUGUAACAGGUUAAUAGUACACGUAGUAUCUGGUAUUUAAGGAUGCAAUGUGAAAAUGUCUGAAAAUCAUGAAUUAAAAGUUGUUUGUGGCUGUUUUCUCCAAGUAUCUCAGUCCAAAUAGUAGGGUGAGAAAAAUUCUAAGAGGUGUUGAGUGAAAUUGAAUGUAGUUAGUGGAUAAUAAUGUUUGUUAUGUUUAGAUAUAGCUCUUACUUACGUUCAAAGGUAAAGAGUGGUCAUGAUUGUAUGACUUUGUGUUUAACAAAAUGUUAGUGUUACAAAAUACAGUUUGGGCCAUUGUCUAUUGUAGAAAGACCAUGUAACAAAUAUCUAUUCUUGUUAUCGCGUGUUUUAGAGUAUUUAUCUCUUUGACAUACCCCACAUCUUCAAAUAUUCAGCUUCUCAUGUAUGAAGAGUACCACACUGUCUGCUCUUGUAAGAACCCAUGUAACGACAACUUGGAUUCUGGGCUUGUGGGUGGCAUGUUGAAAGGCAAACUUUCUGUUGCAAUUAAACAAACCCUUUUUCCAGUGGCUAUCCAAAUAUCUGCCCUUCAUCCAGGUCAACCUACUUUAGGCAACCUAUGUUUUUGAAUUAUCUUUUUGUCCUGAAUAGCAUCAAAUAAUUUUCCAACAAUCAAUCACUAUAUUCUUUACAGCUUUCAUUAAAUAUUCUGAAGAUUGAACCUCAUUUCUGAAGAUUGAUUGAUUGGUGUAUGCUUUACGCCGCCCCUGCACAAAAAGGCCGUGACGCUGCAAUUAUUUCCGAAAAAGAGUUCCAAUCAUUUAAAAAGUGGAUGUGGGAAAUAUGUCUUUAGACAGCAACCCAUUGACACAACAUAACUAAGACAUUUAGGGGAAGACUUUGAAAUAUAUAUAGUAUAUAUGUAUAUAUAAAUACAAAAUUGCAUAUCUGAAUAUCUGUAGUAUUUAAUUGCUGUAUGACACUUCAUCAAAGAUACCUAUAAAUUAUUUUAAUGUUGUAUGUUUUAAACAAGUCCAGUAAGAGUUUAUUGUUUGAGAAUGUAUUUUACCAUGAUCAUACAUGUGAUAGUUCAUGCUAAACAUUUUUAUAUGUUAAGAAAUGAUUUAAUAAAUGUAAAGUGAU